AUGCCACUUAUAAAUAACAAAGUAGGUGAUGAUGGCACAGUUGGCAAAGACAAGGCUUUGGUUGAUGGAAAGGCUCUGGUGGAUUCUUUAAUAAAGGUUGUAGCAUGUUACCGCGUGUUGGCCACAUGUGUUGGUGGAUGCACAGACAGCUUGCAGCUGCGGGAUGAGUUGCGACAAACGCGAGAAAAGGCCCAAAGGUUGGCCAUGGCCAUCCGUAGUCAUCUGACCUCACAUCUCCGAGACAAGAGCCUGCCUGAAGAGCAACGUAAGGAGAUGGAGAUCCUUUGGGUGGGCUUCUCCUCCAGCCUAGAGCUCCUCCAUGUUGACAUGUGCAAAGUUUUCAACAUGGGUGACAUCUUCUCUCUGUCCAAAAAGGAGACACGGGUGCAAAAUGGCCUACAAGGAGGAGGCAGUGAGGUAGCAGCCCGGGCGCUCAGUGUGCCAGACCUGAACCAACCUCAGAGCACAUCCCUUCCUGCUGAGUUUGAGAGCCAUGAGCGCAGCACCAUGGAGAAGGAUAUCAGCCAACUUGACCACAUGAUCGAUGACAUGGAGAUGAAAGUCAACGUUUUGCGCUGGAUGGUGGAGCCCCAUGGGCCACAGUAUCCAGACCCGCUGAGCAGCACGGACAGCGCCUCCCUGCUCUCAGUCGAUGAGGAGCAGCCUGGACACCAGCCUCUACACCAGCGCAGAAAAUUAUUUGUGCUCUUAUUGCUGGUUGCUGUUGUUUUGGUGGGAGCCACUUUAUCUAUUUGUAUUGUCUUUUUCUCAUGAGCAAAACCUCAAUAAGCUCUACUUGUUUUUUCUGUUAAACCUCAGCAACAAAAAAAUUGCUGAAAAAUAUCCACUGCAAGUACAGUAGUUAUUUCCUAACAAGUUCCUUUAAAAAAGGUUAACUUUUGUAUAAGCAACUCAAUUUGCUUGUUAUGCAUAGGACAAUUUGUCUAAAUAUACACUGAAAUUAAUCUGGAUGCAAACCAGUUUGCGAUUAAUAGAAGUAAAUACUCAGUUACCAUACUGUCAUGGUGAACAUGAAGUGACAAAAAAAUACAAGACUGCCAGUUAAAAUUGGUUUCAAAUAUAACUAGUAAAG